AGUCGCGGAUCGCGCGGUGCCGUGUUUUGACGUAUGGCUGCCGCUCGUCGUGUGAUUCAUGUUUAUUUAUAAACGGAACACUGAUUACGUUCGAAUGAUUCGAUAAGUAUCUCCUCCGUUGAUUAGAGAUUUGAAUUAUGAACGCUAAACGAGAUGCGUGAUUUUUCUUCGCUUCGACUGUUAUCUGUUAUCAUACUUAUGGAACAGUAUCGAUUAAAAGAUGACAUGGAAAUGUAGUACAGAUUUCGCAGUUACUGUGUCUAGGUCAAUCGAUUCGGGAUGGGCUAAAAGUUGUUUUGUUUAGUUGGAACAACAGGCAGUGCAAUGUUUUUGUGAUUUGUAUACCUACCGGAAACGGAAGUCAAUUGGCUUAUCAGUUCAAUUAGUGGAUAGUGUUUUCUUUUCUAGUGGCGUAGGAGGUGAUAAAUAAAACAAGAGAUAACGUUUUUAAUUUUAUUUUUGUGUUUUAAAAAAUAUUGAGAAAAUGUUUGGUGUUUUUAUGAAGCGUUGGAAGCCUAAAAGAAUAUCAAAUAACGAAAGAGAUGAAAGUCCUGGCACAGAUGGUAAUGUCUCUCCAGAGCCUCCCGACAGGCCACCUGGGAAAGUGCGGCAAGUGCAUCCUGAAGAGAAAACUCAGAUGUUAGCCUAUGAUUCUACUUAUCGUAAGAAAAACAAACCAAAAUCUCUCCCUUUAGAAGAUAAUCAUUACAAUCAUUUGGCGAACACAAACGUUGCGAUGUCGCCAAUGUAUCCGCUAACGCCAAACAUUUGUAUAGAGGGCGGUAAAAUCGAGUUCAUAAAGUCUCCGCCGACGAGCGCGAGAAAUAGCAUGGCGCUAGCGUCACCUCCUCAAACGCCAUUGUUGGCACGACGUGACUCGCGGGAGAAACGUGAACUACGCGGCUAUGAAGAGCCGACGGAAAAAUUUGAUGGUGAUAAGGAAUUACUCGAGAAGAGGAUUAAACAGCUUGAAGCACAGCUGGAAGAAGAGAAGAGGAAGACACAACGUGAACGUUUGGUCGUCACUAAACUGCAGAAUAAGCUUAUUAAGCGCGAGGGAGCGGCGCGCAGCGAUGCUGAACGCGAGCGGCGCGCGCGCGGCGACUGGGAGGCGCGAGCGCGCGCUGCCGAGGCGGACGCGGCGCGGCUCGCCGGCAAGCUGCAUGCGGCACAGCGAGAGAUAUCCAGGUAUAAUCAGUUGAGAAUAACUGCUAACCAGGAUUAUAUUUAGAUGCUGUAUAAGGUACAAAUCCUAGUUUUAUACUCUAUUGAACUUUGCAAUGUAAUGUAAGUAUGUAUGCAAUGUUGUACUAGAUAAGGAAGGGUAUUUUAUAUACUUUUGUAUUAAGGAAGGCUUACAUAUUUUACCUUGACGUAAUACCAAAAUCUUCUUUAUGUCAAACAGAGAACAUUCCCAAACUUAUGCCGUAUAAAACUUUCAGAAAAACACUUUAACAAGAUUGAAACAUGCACCAAAUUGGUUGUUUAAUUUAUUAAUAAACUAACGACUGAAGUCCCAUCUGUGCUACACUAAAAGUCUCCCAAACUUGCGGGCAAAAUAAUUUAAUACACUGCCGUCAUUGACGAGUUGGAUUUAUAGUCCAGCGGGGCUGCCAUGAUUAAAUAUCCUCCCUCUCCGCGCCCCUCGCGACCCUUCGAGAAGGUAAAUAGGCUUUAAGAAAUUAUCCGACCUUCUUGUCCUAAUUAAACUUGUACAAUAACACCUUGUACUUAAGUUUAUACUUCUAGUGGAAACUCAAACAAUAAAACAAAACUAAGGCUGUACGCCGUGAACUCCUUUGUUCUUUUGUUUUUUUUUUAUCAUCACGACUUCCUUUGACGGCGGGAAAACAAUCUUUAUUCACAUUGAAAUUUUUCUGGACCUUUUUUCUUUUGCAGCUAGUGGAAUUGAGUGUUCGUUUCUAUUUAAACUGUUCUUGUUUCAUUUAUUUUUUUAUAUACUUACUACUAGGAAAAACUAUUUUUCCUUGCGACUUCAUUUGCAUGGCCGUGGAGAACCAUUAAUUUGACUUAAAUAAAGAAGAGUAUGGUAGGUAUGUUGACUUUAUCGACAUACUCUUCAUAUUCUAUCAUGAUUAAAUAUCAAAAAGACAUCCAUGCAUAUACAUACAAAAAAAUAAGAGAAUAUUACGGUAUACAUAUUUCUGCAAUCUGUCUUCAACUUUCCUUUCAGUACAUUAUAGUUUAAAUCCAUUAAAGAAAAUUAGCUUCUUUUCAUUUGUGGACGCUAUAAUUACAAGAAUACUGUUAUGUUUAAGUAAUAUGAAAAUAAAUUACUAACAACAAUACAUGCUUUUAUGAACUCGGUAUUUGAUUGUACAGUAGAUAGUUUCGUCAUUUUGUCCGGCUCUUACGUACGUAUUUUUAAAGUCAAGGACACCUAAUGGUGUUGACGAUAUAUAGAAAAGUUUUAAAAUUAUCAUAUCAUUAUAUAAGAACACAGUGGCGUCAUCAAAAUUUCUUUCAAUUACAAUCUUUUUAUAUAUUCAAUCUUUUUAUUAUCUUCGUACGCAAGUACCUAAAUACGCUUUAAAUAGACGAGUUAAUUCUAUGAAACUCAAUCAAUUACCGUCAUCAUCGACAAAGAAGCGGAAAUUAACUCCAAAAAUGCUUUCGACCGAUUAAUUAAUAACGACAAAACCUAUUAAUAUUUGCAGUAAUAACCUCAAAGUACAUCACUUAGCCCAACCCCUUUUGCGCCAUUAAAUCUUUUUUACCCCGGAAUGUCAGUCGCAAAUCUUACGACAGGGAAAUUAAAAAUAACGCAGCCCCCGGGAACCUUAAAGCAGUGCUCAGGCCCUUCAGUUAAUCAGGAAACAUAUUUAAUUACCAUGACUAAUGUCGUGUCUGUUUGGUUACUUAAUAAUAACUGCCAAAAAGGUUAAGACUUUUGAGGCUCUAUAUGUAUGAGGAAAAUGGAACGUAAGAUUCUUUGACUUCAAUUUUUUGCGGGAAAACUCAUUCGUUAUGACUCAGUAUGAGACUGCGGCCUACCAACGAACGCGAGCGAUCGUUGUCGACGCAUGGUCUUUGUUUAUUAUUACCGAUGCGCACUAUAUACGAUUACGAAAAUAAAAUAUUUGUUCGUACACAUUUUUCAAAGCCUCCUUUAUAUGUUGCAAUAAUAUAUUAUUCUUUAAAAUUACAUACACUAAGUUUGUAUAAUAUAUACAAAUGUAUAUAUCAUUAAACAUUGUAGUGUCUCCAUUCUUCGACUGGUUUAAAGUCAUAUAUAAACAUUAAAAUUAGACCAACAUUAAAGCGACCAGUAUUUUUUAAUUAAAUGUUUUGAUAAUAAUACCCCAAACGAUACUUUACCAUCAUGUGAAAAGAAACAAUGUCUAGCGAAAAAAAAAUAAGCUGCUAUUUAUAUUUAAAUCGGAAAUUAUAAGUUAUUUUCUGUAAUGAGCAUAAUUCACCCUUAAUAUUGAUUCAAAUAUAAAACUUUAC